AAACUACAUUUAGUAAAGUAUGCUGAUCGUAUACAGGCUAUCUUACAAUCAUUUGAAUGGCAGUGUCAGCAUGUUUCUAUUACAGCAAUAUCAGAACUGACGAGAAGGGGAAAAAAGAAUGGAGGUGAUGAAUCACUCUCAUGAAAAUCCUUCAGAAGAAGACACCAGGUUUCUGGAUUGUGAUUGUGAUGGGGUGGAGUGUGAUAUAACGGAGGUGUUUGUUGAAGCAGGCUCUCAGGCUGUGUUACCCUGUAAAGGAAGCAUUUCAUCCAGCGUGAUUCCCGCGAUAAUCUGGACUAAAGCCAAUAAAGGCAGCACAGUGUGGAGAAAAGACAGGAGCGGUCUGCAGUACUGGGGCUCCAGCUGGACCUCUAAAGGCCCCAGACGCAUUCAGUGUCCUCACUACCGCUUCGAGAGAAACGACUUCAGCCUGCAGAUCAACAACGUGAGGGGGGAGGACGGGGGGGAGUACUCCUGCAGGGUGAUGCACGGAGACCUGAUCACUGAAAGAUUGAUCAUGCUGAGAGUCAUGAAAGUGUCCCUCUCCUCCCCGAUGCCCCUCUGGGGGAGCGAUGCCUCGAUCAGCUGUGAGGUGACCCCUUGGCCUCGAGGAGCCUCUCUGCAGUGGACGCUGAACAACAGAACCUUUGAUCCUCAGUCGGGAUCAAACUCAGACACAGAUCAACGUGUUGUGAGGGAAAAGGCGACUGUGAGACUGACGGGAAUUUGGACCUGCGUGGUGGGCUUCAGGGGGAGAGAGGGGAGAGCGUCUGCAGCUCUGACUGUGAAGG